CCCCGUGUAAGCCCGAAGUCGGACAGUAUACGCACGACGUUGUUAAUGUUGUAUCAGGCUUUGGUUUGUUCUUAUCGACACUUGCCGUGAAGUAUGGCAACUAUUUGCUUGAGGUAUUACACUAGAGUUAUUAGAAACGCGUCAUUUGGAUACGGCGUGAACGUACAAACGAUAAAGGCGAGGAUUCCAUUUUCAGUUCGUCGUUUUUCAGCUGUUGCAACACUCGGGCACCGAUACCAUGGCGUGACUGUUCGGAGCAGGCGACCAGAGGAGAGGGCACUGUGGCAUGACCGGCUGUCACGAGACCGCAACUUGUUACGUUUACAACACACGGCCAGGUAUAGUUCACAGAGUGACAUGUUAGAAUGGAGCCCGCACAAUUUCGCGGAUUUUCUGCGAGAAAAUGAUAUUCAACGAUGUUACAUGGUAUGGGAUCGUACCGACUGCAAGGUCAAAGUGUCGCACCCUGAACUUGAGCCCAUUGAGAAAUAUUUUGCCAAGGACAAAAUUGACUACGAUCAGCACGAGGGUGUGUUUUUACAGUUAGGACAAAGGACCGGCUGUUUACUUGGUGCUUUUAUCUGGCGCACAAACCGGGGGCAAGCGUGCGGUGGUGUUCGGCUUUGGAACUACACAACCAUAGAGCAAUAUUUGCGUGAUGGUUUACGCCUUGGUCAAGGCAUGGGUGUCAAAUCUGCUUUGGCUGGCUUAUGGGCUGGUGGCGGCAAAGGCGUCGUCCAAGUACCCAUGGCCAAUAAACACUUUAUCCAAGAUUAUCGUACUCAGAUCUUCUAUGACUAUGGCGAUUUCUUAUCUUCUUUGAAUGGUUGCUAUGUUACUGCAGAGGAUGUAGGUGUAAAUGUUCAUGAUUUAGAUCACGUACAUCAGCAUACAAGGUAUACAACCUGUAUUCCAGAAGAGAAAGGAGGUUCAGGGAAUCCUUCCAUUGCAACUGGUAAAGGUGUUGUGUGUGCUAUGGAAGGGGCUUUAGGCUUCUUACACAUGGGUUCAUUGGAAGGCAAGUCUGUGGCUAUCCAGGGUGCUGGCAAUGUUGCUACUGUUAUUGUUGACGAACUAAUAAAGAAACGCGUCGCUCAGAUUUAUGUAACAGAUUGUCAUCAAUUCAGAGUUGAUGAUAUGAGAGAUUUGUUCCGUCAUAAGCAUGGUAGUACUGAAUUAGAAAUAAAGAAAGUACCUAUAGAUGAUACAAGUAUCAUGUCACGUCAAUGUCAUAUUCUCUCACCAUGUGCCCUUGGCAAUAUUUUGAACAAAGAUACCAUUCCAUUGAUCAAUGCCGAUAUAGUUUGCGGUGCCGCUAACAACCAACUAGGAAGUCCUGAGGAUAAUGAGUUGUUGAAAGAAAGGGGGAUUACUUAUGUUGUAGAUUACCUAGCAAAUAGAAUGGGAAUUGUUAACUGUGCUAACGAGACGUACGGCAGACUUCCCAAUGAUCCAGCAAUUACCAGGCACUUUGACACUCACUGGGAAAAUUCGAUUAUCAACAUGACAACAAAAAUAUUAGAAAAAGCCCGGGAUGAUGACAUAACUCCAGUUGAAGCUGCUAAUGCCAUUGCUGAUAAAAUGAGCCGCGUACUACACCCAAUAUGGCCAAACAGAUCCCAGCAAAUAAUUGAUGCCUUGGUGGAAACUGAAUGGCAUAAACAACCAACCCAUUAAUAUAUUACUUAAUGUUUUUUCCAGGAAAUACAGAAUAUUCAAGUAAAAUUUAGAUUAUUUAUGAAAUGUUGAAUGUUUUUAUGUACAUAUGAAAAUUAAUAUUCGGUUCUAUAAUGCUAUACAGUGGCAUUGAACAAAUUGUAAAAUAUCUGUCUAUGCGAGCCUCUACUAAAGCUGCCUUAUCUUACUCAUCCAUGGUGUUCCCUAAUUGCUUAAUUAUCCUUGUGUGUAGGGCUUGAAAUAGGAGCUCAUGUCGUACCACCGCAUAAUUGCAAUAUUUGCAAUAUGGGUACAAGGUUUGCAUUAGAAAUCUUUGCAUAUUAAUUAGCUUAUUUUGCAUAAUUUGUUCAGUAACACUAAGUGUGCUUCUUGUAAUAAGUUCAAUGCCUCGUUCUCACUACCAUAACAUAGCGAAUGGCUUAAAACAGGCUUGUAGUCAUGUGUUAAAUUCCAGUCUUUGUUCACACGUAUGUUAUCUAAUGGUUUUAAUUUGAAAAUCAGGCAGUGUGCCAUAUAUUUGUUCAUACAUUUGAUAUCCAAUGGUUUAAUGUAGAAAUCAAGUGAAAGACUAGGCCCUUUAAUUCAGAGCUGAAGUAGCUUGGGUUGACAUGGGAUUUCACAGUGGGAUGCAAUGGUUUUAAUGUAGAAAUCAAGUGAAAGACCAGGCCCUUUAAUUCAGACCUGAAGUAGCUUGGGUUGGCAUGUGAUUUCACAGUGGGAUGCAAUGGUUUUAAUGUAGAAAUCAAGUGAAAGACUAGGCCCUUUAAUUCAGACCUGAAGUAGCUUGGGUUGACAUGGGAUUUCACAGUGGGAUGCAAUGGUUUUAAUGUAGAAAUCAAGUGAAAGAUCAGGCCCUUUAAUUCAGACCUGA